AUGGACUGCAGCCUCUGUGCAGCCAACACUUGGCAUGCUAGGCCUUGGACCACCUACACUACCACGAGCACUAGCAGCCAAAUAGACUACGCCCUGCUCCGACUUGCAGAUGCCAACCAUUGUGUCAAACAAGCACGCCCAUUGCAUCAGUUUCCUGUCGCAGCAGAUAGGCAUGUAAAUCACCAUCCGAUUCAGGUAGAGCUGCCCCUGCUUCCGGCGGCCCAUCGCUUCCACCAAAGACAGCAAGCCAAGCCACAGUUUGACCUGCAGGCGUUGCAGUAUGCUGUGGGCACCAGCAGCCCGGCUGCCGAGACUCUUCGUGAAGCCAUAAGUGCUAGAAUCCAGGCUUGCCCAGCCUCGCUUGAUCUUAACCUGAUGCACCGGAGAGUAAAUGACAUCCUGCUGGAUGAAACCUGCAAACACUUUCCUUUGGAGCCCAGGGCAGACAACCGGAUCAGUGCCAAUCCACAAUUCCGAGCUUCCGCCAAAGAGACCUGGCGCCUGCAUGCCAUGCUACAACGCCCGGGCCCAGCUACGCUUCGCGACAUCUGGAGCAGAUGGCGUCUUGUUGCGGCAUUCUUUCGAGCCUCCAAGGCCCUCAGAAAACAAAGCCUGCAGCUCAAGAAGGCCUUCUUGAACGAUCAGCUUCUGCAAGCUGAACAGGCCGCUGCCAAAGGCGACCACAGGAACUUGUUCUUAAUUGCAAGGCGCCUUGGGCCAAGACCUUGCAAAGACGUGUGCCGCCUGAAAGGCGAGGAUGGCCACGUCCUCAACGGUCCCGAAGAGAUGCAAGCCAUUCUAAAAUAUAGCAAAGCCACCUUCGCUGCCUUGCCUGACAAUAUCCCGAUGCAGCCAUCGACUGGCGCCCUAGACAUAAAGGCAGACGACUUGGAGCACGAACUGGCGCAUCUCCACCUUCGCAAGGCCGUCCCACAGGGUACUGCUCCCAAUGCCUGUUGGAAGCUAUGUGCACGAGCUGUUAGCCGCUGCAUAGGCCCAUGCUUGCAGCGACACUUUGCGGCAAACUCCACGGCCAAGCUGGAGGGCGAACUGCAAGACGCUCAGAUUAUCAUCUUCCCCAAUUUGCUUACACAGCUGGGAGAAGUUGUGGAGACGCAGCCCUCCGAGUUCAUGAACAUUUUGUUCAAGUCGAAACUCUUCAAAGAAGUCAAGCGGACAACCGAUUUCGCAAACGCUUUGGGAGCACUCGUGCAAUCGCUCAUUCAGCACAACAUACCAUCAGACAUCAUCAACGCUGUCCAGCAGCUCCACAGGGGCGCCAAGUACAUCUGCCGCACAUCUUCGGCAGAAGGACAGGAGCUCAUCAGGCGCAGAGGUCUUCUAUGGCUGCAAAAGGCGCUCACCUUGUUUGCCGAUGAUUUCUGCUCUUGCUGGGUUAUUGAUUCGGUUUCGGCCCUACACAAGGCCUUGGAGGACUUGGCUAUGCUGCUAGAGGUGUUGGCCUUGUUCAAGUUGCAUGUGAACCUCAAGAAAACUGCUCUCCUGCUUAGCAUAAAGGCCAAAGCGGCCAAAAAGCUGCUAGACAAACUUCUGAUUCACAAGGCGGGGUCGACUUUCCUCGAAGUCCGUGUAAAUGACGAUGACCAACUGAUCAAAGUUCAGGAAAGCCAUGUCUAUCUGGGCACUGUACUUGCGUACAGGCGCCGACAAGACCUGAACAUCAGUCAUCGCAUUAGCUCAGCGCAGUCGAGGUACCAGCAGAUCCGCAAAGUCCUCAAUGGCAGGGGUCCCCUCGCCGCCAGGUGGCGCGUACGACUUUGGAGUGCUUGCAUACAGCCGUGCCUGCUGUACUCUGUUGAAGUUGUCGGCUGCACGCUGUCAGGCCUUCAAAGGCUUCGCGCUUUGGCCACCAGGCACCUGCGUGCCAUCCUUCGUCAGCCGGCGCACCUGUCACAUGUCACCAAUGCUGCCAUCUGGGCGACUGCAAACCUCAGGCCCGUGGAGCAGUCCAUCCGGGCACGCAUGUGCAGCCUGCUGGAGAAGCGAAGGCCGCUGCUGUCCUUGCAUGGCCCAGAUAUUGUCUGCAAUGAGCAGGUGAUCCAGCAGCUCCAGCGGUUGAUUGAGGGGUUGGACACUCAUAUCAGACGUCUUGCUUCACAUGAGGUUGCCCGGAUUGCUCAGGGUGUGGAUGCACCUGGUCAGGACGAGAAAGUUCCGUGCCCUCAUUGUGAACUCCAGCUCGCCACGUCGCAUGCCCUAACAAUCCACCUCUCCCUUAAGCACCCAGAGCGUGUCGGCCCUGCAGCUGCUCAGGUCACAAAGUUUUGCGCGCCACAACAUGCGAUAGGCGGGAUGCCUACCUGUCGGCUCUGUGAGCGAAGUUUUACUAAGUGGCGACAGCUAAAGCUGCACAUAGAGUCUGGAGCAUGCCCCACUUUGGGAGGAAGCAGCUUCAAGCUGAGUCCUCAGACGGCAGACUAUGCCUGCAUUGCUCGUGACGCCUCUGAAAAGCCGCCGCCUGCGCAUCUGCAAGCCAGUAGAACUGAGACAGUGCCCAUGGACUCUGAUCAGCCGCUCGUGUUGCGCCAGUCCUUUCACAAACAGCUGAACAGCUGGGAAAACCUUCUCAGCUGCCGUGAGACUCGCACACCCUUCAGUGCACAGUCCUUCACCAAUUGUGUUUGGCUGUUACUUUCUGUCGGCAGGGUCUGCGCCACCAAGACGAUGGCAACAAGUCAGAGCGGCCUGGAGUCGGACAUCUUCCAGUAUUGCAUGCCGUCAGGGCAAGAAGCCACAGCAUCCCCCGCCCCUCCGGCUCAGACUUCCAAGCGACAAAGACCGAACCCACAGGCGAACUUCCGAGGAAGCCACCAACCAUUCGGUCCCUCCUCUCAGCAAGCGCCACUCCCAGCGGCACCGAUCCAAGACCCAGCUCUCAGACUGAUGGGCAAGCUGCUGUUAAAGCACGAAGAGGCCCUUGCAAUGCAGCGCAGGGAGAAGAACUUCGUGCUGUUCUUCCGUCAGGAUCAGCACAGCCUGCUGCCAAAUCUCAUGAAGGUUUCCCGGGAUUGGAACCAACGUCGGGAUGCGGGGGAUCAAUCUCUCACGAGUCCAUUGAGAACGGUUCUUCUCGGGUGCCUAUUCAAGGAAUUGCUGGCCCGCCUCCAGCAAGUGGUGGCCACAGAUCCGGGCCGCGAGGCUCUGAAGAAGUCGAAGUGGAUCGACGAGCAAGGAGCGUGGAACUACCUUCGCUGGUCUGCAAAGGAGAAAAGACUGGUGGUAGACGAAAGUCGCGAACCUCUCGGUCACGCGGAAGCAGCUCGAGUCUUGAACAAUCUGCACAGCCUCAUGAAGGGCAGCAUCAUCCAGAAAUUCGGCUCCACCAAGGCUCUUUGGAAACUGGAAGACCAGGGCUAUCAGCAGGCCACGUUCUACUUGGAAAUUGCGCUACGGGGCAAGGAAGCGGAGGAGGUACACAUGUACUACAGCACCCUCUGUGGCUCGGCGAUCACCAAUUUGGCGGGCUUCUCCAUGAAGGUGGACGACAUGCCGCAGCAGGCACUCGCGAAGCAGCUGGCAGCCAUCACUUACACGCGAGGCCCGACCCGCAUCUCGGGCGUAAGCCACGUGACCACACGUCCAGCCCUGAGGUACCCACUGACAGUAGGUCCCCACAGCGAUCCCAGGUUCGCAUAA